AUGUCGUCGUCAGUUAAUGGACCGUCCUUCGCUGCUGGCACUCCCAAAAUGUCCGCGUGUGCCUCGGAUGCAUUCGGCCGUCACCUUCUUUCGUCGUCGCUGCAAUCAUCGACCAUCGCGUCGAGGCAUACGUCUCAAAUUUCCAAGACAUAUCGCCAAGCCUCAACCUUGUUCCUGACGCGUCGUCUGCCCGAGGCGCUCACCACCCUAACACCGCUCAUCAUCCCGCCUGGUUCGGCUGAUGAUGGCGAGCCUGCACCUGUCGCUGGUGCUUCGAGGACCACGAGGAUCAAGGUCUGGAGCUUGUUUUUGACCAUUCUCAACGCCGUUUUGGAAAUGGACUCCGAAGAGGGCAAGGAUGCUUUUGGCAAUCAGGACUGGAGGGCAUUGUGCGCAAAGGUCCGUGACGGACAAGUGUGGGAGGAGGUUGUUCAGAACGGCUACCAUGGACUUGAGGGCGAUGUUGACUCGGACGUUGUCAUCAAUCUAGCAACUAUUCUACUCGCGCACGCUCGUGACCAGAUAUUGAACCAGCGUCGGCUGGAGACGUAUCUGGCCACCACAACUACGCCGAAUCUCGACCUCGCGGGCAAACUCAACGGUUCACCUGCCCCGGGGUCGCGCUUGGGUUUGGGCUCGCGAUACCGCUCACCAGCUCCAGGGACUAGCGGUGCGAACACUCCCCGUGACCUCAAUGCUCGAGUCAAGAUUCUUGAGCUGUAUACUCUGCACGUCUUGCCGCGCAAUAACGAAUGGGAGUACGCGCGUGACUUUAUCAGCGCAAGCUCCGUUUUGGAUGACGAGCGAAGGGAGGCAUUCCUCCAGGCACUCCAGAGCCUGCAAGAAGAUCAGAAAGAGCGGGAUCGCCUGGAAAGAGAAGAGCGCCAAAGGCAAGAAGAGGAGCUUCGUCGGGAAAUCGAGGAUGCCAAGCGACAACGGGCAGAAAAUGAAGCCAGAGAACGAAAAAGACUUGAGGAUGAGCGGGCAAGACGAGCACCUGGUGAAGUAGACUAUGGCGUGGACCAGGCACAUAGUUCGUCAACAAGCGGCAACAGGUCUCGUCAAUCUCGCGCAACUAGACCACAACACCGGCCAAAUAAGCUUUCCGCCUCAUCAAGGCAGAAUGGCAAGGCUAUUGCACCUGCAACACUUACCGCACGAGCCACUGUGGUCAUGACCAGGUUACGAUCGGUGAUUGAGGAACUGGCCAGGUCUUUGAACAGCAACCCAGCCUUGCUGAUGAGAUUCUUGGCCUUUAUUGUUGGAUUUUUGAUCACGCUCGGCCACAAAGGCAUCAGGCAACGCAUCCAGCGAAUAUUGGGCGCUUCGUGGAAUAAAGUAGUGGCCACAGCAGGCAUGGGUACCAAGGUCAGCUAUAUUUGA